GUUUGCAUUUAAAUUAAAUAAGUGUACAGAAAAGCAAAUGGAAUCAACGUAUUCUGAGUAGCUUCUCGAUUGUUUGUUCGAAAGUAUUGUGACUGUCUCUCGGUCGUCGGCGAAAGUUUUCUGACGAAGAUACCCGAUGUUUCAGGUCAAUCAAACAUCAUGAAUCAGGCACCGCUUCGGCAAGGUUUCGCUUAUUCGGCCGAACCAAAUUGAUAUUCCUUCACAUCCUAUGGUGGUCCGCAGCUCAGUGUGGUUUGGACGAUAGAUCAGGCGGGCAUGGAGAAUGAAAACCGGCUAUGGUAUUUCCCUGGAUUAAAAAUCUUUCAUGCGUUGCGGCCGGAAAAGCUAUGAUACCAAAACAGGAAUUUGAGUUUGCCAAACUGCGGUUGCGGUGCAAACAUUUUCCGAAAAUUUUCCAAUAUAAAGACCAGUUGGAUUUUACGCAGAUCAUAUUCAGAACCCAGUAUGGCGGAAAAGUCAUUGAAAACAUUAGAGGCAGCGCCUGACCAAAUCGACAAUGACGAACAAACAAUAGACCCUGCACCAGACGCAUUAGCUCCUUCCACCACCCGGGCAAGCGCAAGCGUUCCGUAUUCUGCGUUCACUCGCAGCCGAAAGCAAGUCAUUGUUGCUAUUGUUGCCCUCGCUGGAGUCGCCUCAACACUCUCGGCUAACAUUUACUUUCCGGCUCUCAAUGCGAUUCAAGAGGAUUUUGGAACCACAGCUGAAAUGAUAAAUUUGACGAUAUCGCUUUACAUGGUUUUUCAGGGGCUUUCACCUUCAUUAUGGGGAUCAUUAGCGGACCAGUGGGGUAGACGGCCGGUUUACCUAUGUACGAUGGUCAUUUAUCUUGGUGCCAACGUCGGCUUGGCCUUGUCUCCCAAUUAUACCGCUCUGCUGGUUUUGAGAAUGUUGCAAGCUUUUGGUUCCAGCUCUGUUAUUGCCAUUGGUGCUGGAUGUAUUGGUGAUAUCGCUAGCCCGUCCGAGCGUGGCACAUAUUUUGGCAUCUAUUCUGUGGGCCCUAUGUUGGGUCCUAUCAUUGGUCCUAUCAUUGGCGGUGUUAUUGCUCAAAACUUGGGAUGGCGAUGGAUCUUCUGGCUGCUCACCAUCAUUGCUGGAGCAUUGUUUUUCUUGGUCCUCUUCCUCUUGCCCGAGACACUUCGAUCAUUAGUUGGUGAUGGAUCAGGGUAUGCAAACCCUACGCCAACACAAUGGUUGCAGGCCAAAGCUUUACGAAAAGAUACCCCCGAACCAAUCACUCCCAGUGGACAAAAGAGUCGAUUCCUUCAACCUCCCAAACUACUCCAGCCUUUGCAAUAUAUCUUUUAUCCGGAUGUCGCCGUGUGCUUGUUCUGCAACGGCAUUCCUUACGCUGUCUUCUACUGCGUACUCUCAAGUACAUCGUAUCUUUUUGAAACCAUCUACGGAUUGAACGAACAACAAAUUGGUCUAUGCUAUAUUGCCAAUGGCGUCGGUUGUAUUCUCGGUGGACUGAUCAUAGGAAGAGUGCUUGAUCGUGACUUUCGAAUCACUGCGGAGAAGCAUGGAUACGACAGCAGCAAAUUAUCCAGAGGUUCAUUGGGUGCUGAUUUCCCUAUCUUCGAAGCUCGUCUUCGCAGCAUCUGGGUACCUCUUUUCUUGUUUGAUGCUCUUAUCAUCAUUUAUGGGUUCUUAUUGUGGCGCGAUGUUUCUCUCGCCGGCAUCCUGGUCGUACAGUUCUUCCUCGGUAUCUGCGUUACAAGCUUGUUCAAUCUUUAUCAAACAAUGCUCAUCGACCUGUUCCCAAAGAACAGCGCCUCCAUCACUGCAUCCAAUAACCUUGUCCGAUGUCUCCUGGGUGCUGCAUGCACUGCUGCUAUCCAGCCCGGUAUCACCAGCAUUGGCGUCCAGUAUAUGUUCUUGACCGUCGGAUUGAUCGUUGUCGCCACCACCCCGGGUAUCUUUGUCAUGCGCAAGUAUGGUCCCAGGUGGCGACGUAACCGAAUGGAACAGCAAGCUGCCGCGUUGUUGACAACUUCAGAGAAGGCAGCAACUGAUAUCACCAAAUAGACCAGAUUCCCCCCAUCAUCCUUCUUGUUAAUAUAAUAUCCAACUAGAGUGGUUUUCUUCAUUUGCGAAAAAGCUUAUAAUAUAAUAUGAUAAAAAAUAAUAAUUUUAGGAGUCGGUCGGUACUAUUCUAUCGGUGCUUUCUAACCAGUCGAUGACAGCUGAGCUCCUUAAUGACUUGUUCAAAAUUGCACUGAAGGGGAAUGACUUGGCUGCCAUACGCCGGAAUACCCUUGAAGUACAGUGUGUGAGUUGCCAACUGAAAACUGAGAUCUAAAACUGUUUAUCUUACCUGAAUCGAUUGCCGCUGCUUAGAGCGAACAAUUCUUUGAUCAGCCUCCUGGACCUCUCUGUGUG